AACAAAGCUCCUUCGUGGGCAUGGCUUCCUGUGCUUCCUUGCUUCUCUUGCUUGCUUUGCUUGCCACUUCUGCAAGCACUUCCCUGGCCGGCAACUUUUACCAGGAUGUAGACAUCACCUGGGGUGAUGGCCGUGCCAAAAUCCUCAACAAUGGCCAGCUCCUCACGCUGUCCCUGGACAAGUAUUCUGGCUCCGGCUUCCAGUCCAAAGACCAGUACGUAUACGGGAAGUUCGACAUGCAGCUCAAGCUCGUUCCUGGGAAUUCUGCUGGAACAGUCACUACCUUCUACCUGUCGUCGCAAGGAGCGGCGCAUGACGAGAUCGACCUGGAGUUCCUCGGCAACCUCAGCGGGGACCCCUACGUCCUCCACACCAACGUGUACAGCCAGGGGAAGGGGAACCGGGAGCAGCAGUUCUACCUCUGGUUCGAUCCCACCAAGGACUUCCACACCUACUCGAUCUUGUGGAAUCCCAGACACAUCGUCAUCUACGUGGAUGGCACAUCCAUCAGGGAGUUCAGGAACAGGGAGUCGGUCGGCGUGCCGUACCCGAAGAGCCAAGCGACGAGGGUCUACUCCAGUCUGUGGGAUGCGGAGGAUUGGGCCACCAGAGGGGGGUUGGUGAAGACGGAUUGGUCCCAGGCACCCUUCACGGCUGCCUUCGGGAACUACAACGCCAAUGGCUGCGUGUGGCCUUCAGGAGCUUCCUCCUGCUCUUCGGGGACCAGCAACUCUUGGAUGUGGGAGGAGUUUGACGCCACCAGCUUGAAGAAGCUGAGGUGGGUGCAGAAGAACUACAUGAUCUACAACUACUGCACUGAUGUGAAGAGGUUCCCCCAGGGGCUGCCUCCCGAGUGCUUUGCAAGCUAAUUCCAUCAACAAGCAUUACCACUGGCUGCAUUGUAUCUAAAUGGGAUAACCAUUUCGUGCUAUUAUGCAUGGUUUAUGUAUAUGACAAAGAUGUUUUGUUGUUGGAACAAAUAACAAAGUCAUAUGGACGGAUA